AUAUAUUUGUUGUUUCAAGAAGUAGUUUUAAGUAACAUUUAACAGUUAAAAUGAAGUUAACAGAGCAAGUUGUGAGGAAUUUUGUUGUCGCGAAAAUUUUUCGCGAAAAUUCCGACCGAAUUAACAGCAUGGACUUUUCCACAACUGGAGAAACACUGAUUUCAAGUAGUGACGACGACUCUAUUAUAAUAUACGACUGCCAGAAUGGAACGCCAAAGAGGACAUUAAACAGCAAGAAAUAUGGGGUCGACUUGAUUAGAUACACUCACGCCACUAACACAGCUAUACACAGCUCCACCAAAGUUGAUGACACAAUCAGAUAUUUAUCACUUCAUGACAACAAGUACAUAAGAUACUUUCAAGGCCAUUCAAAAAAAGUAGUAACUCUCUGUAUGUCACCAAUCGAUGACACAUUCUUGUCGGGGUCGUUGGACAAAUCAAUUCGACUCUGGGAUCUCAGAUCUCCAAGCUGUCAGGGUUUGAUGAAUCUUCCUGGUCGACCAGUGGCUGCCUUUGAUCCUGAAGGACUGAUCUUUGCUGCUGGCAUUGCUUCAGAAAGUUUGAAACUUUAUGACCUACGCUCCUUUGAUAAGGGACCAUUUGCAACGUUUCGCAUGCAACAAGACAAGGACUGUGAUUGGACUGGGAUGAAGUUCAGCCCCGACGGCAAACUGAUUCUCAUUUCCACCAAUGGACAGGUCAUUCGUUUGAUUGAUGCUUUCCAGGGCACUCCCAUACAGACCUACACUGGCCAACUGAAUAACAAGGGUUUGCCAUUAGAAGCAUCAUUUAGCCCAGAUUCACAAUUUGUCUUCAGUGGCUCUACCGAUGGCAAGAUUCACUGCUGGAACACCGAGACAGGCACCAAGGUGGUUGUACUGAAUAGUGAACACAAACUUCCGGUGCAAUGUGUCCAGUUCAACCCUAAGUUUAUGAUGAUGGCCAGCGCAUGCUCCAAUAUGGCAUUCUGGCUGCCACAAGUCGACGAGUAAAUGAUUUAAAAUUAAAUUUUAUCCUAUUUUUUACAAUGUUAGAAGAAUUAUUCUAUUCAAGUUACACACGUAAUUUUAGAUUAUUUUGUACGUGAAUGUAUGUUUUUGUGUGCACAUAAUAAUAUGAACAGUUUCAAAGAGAUUGUACGCCACACAAGCAGAAUGUGAUGUGGGUUGGUGGUUUUCAGUUUAAUACGUUUCUAUGAAGCCCA